UUUUUUCGAAACAUUGUUGUAAUGUUUUAAAAACAUUUCCACACAAGUGGAGAUAGUUAAAAAUUACUCAUAUAAUAAUGUUAUAUACAAUGUUAAGUACGGUACAUUUAAAAAUGUUAUAUGUUAUAUCGUUGAAAUAAUAUGGUAGUAAUGAUUUUAUGUUUAUGUGGAUAAAUUAAACUGUUUAAAUAUAUAAAAUUCCAUAGAAAUAAGCGUGCAUGCGCUUUCCAUUUCUCCACAUUGUACACAAAGAAAUAUUAAAGAAAAUACAUGUAAAAAUAUGUAAGUUAAUCCUAAUAAUUAAACGGUAGAAAUAAAAAUUCAGAAAUGCGGCUAAAUGGAGCACAAAAACGCGGUCACUCCCAGAUUAAGAUUACAGAAAUUUAUAAAGAUCCGUAAACGUUGUCUCACGAAACACGACCGAGCGAGAAAAUGAAAUACAGAAUGUUGUGUGAAUCAAAUUUUCUAUUAUCACGACAAUAGGAAGACGCCUGAAGACGCAGUUACUGCGUAGAAAGACGCGUCUGGCAAAGUAGACGACCGUAGUGCGCCGUGCCUUGAGGUGGGGAAGAUAAAGAAAAAAAAAAAAAAAAAAAAGAGGAGGAUCUAUGCACGGCGAGGAAGGACUCCGCGCCAUAUGUGUGGUGCGUCGCGAUUUCCCCGCUAUCAUGAUCCCCCAGAAAGUGCACGGCAUUUGCGAAUCGCCACCGCGCGUCUUUUCCGCUGGAUCAUAUCGAUAGCAUCAUUCGCGAACAUCAUCGUCGAACGACGACGACGACGAUGUCCAGUCAGGGGCGAGCGCGGAAUCUCUGAAGCCGUGAGGAAAAACAAGCGGCGCUCAUAUAUGUGUGUUGUGAAUCCAGACGCAACGAAAACAAAGCGAGAGAAGAUCGCUGACGAAUAGAUAUCGCGAACGAGACAACCCCGUAACCGCACAUUGUGCGGCUUGCAUACCGCGCGCGCGAUCGAUCAUCUAUGCCAAUCUGCUCGGUGUUUUCUCCGUGAGGCUGCGCAUUUAAGAUGCGAUGCAGUUUCCACCGCGAGAGAAAAGCGCGAGAAUGACCGGCCCAAUGGCAUGUAGAUUCAACGGGCAAAUUGCAGAUCGGAUCGAGAAGUUAGAAGAUUCCGCGAGAAUUCGACCUGUAGCGGAUCCUAUUCGCUGUAAAGGCAAAAUAAAGUCUAACGUGGGUCAGUUAAAAAAAAAGUUACGUCUGACGAAGAUUGGAAAAUGAUAUUUACGCUUCUUACGAUAUGCGUACGCUUUGAAGAGCGCGGAGACGGCCUAUCGACUAAACAACUUCUAACUGACGGUGGCCAUGGCGCCGUGCUCUUGUUUUCAAUGAUCGGUCACGUCAGUUCUAUUGCGAAUUCGCGAUCCGCGUGUUUUUAUAGAUUCCGAGAAAGAAUUCAAUUACAAGACUGCUCUUGCAAUCAUGAGCGCGUUUAAACUCGACGAUAAAGCACUGGACAAUCCACACGGUCUCUCGCCCAGAAGUCUUUUAGCGGAAGAUCGUGGUCAAACUUCUUCUAUGUCAUCUGUUACCCGUACGAAUGCAUCCUCUGUAUCCGAGCACAAGAUGAUCAAGAUUCGUCUGGCAGAGCAUGGGGUUCUGGACAACAGCGUGAACGCCCAAUCCAAAGUGGAGAAAUAUGAAAAUUUAUGCGGAAGUGUGAAAAUAGAAGCGACAAACGACAUCGAUGAAUACGACGCACUGUCAGUUUCUUUAUAUUACGAUCAGAUGUUUGAUGUGAAUUAUGAAAAUCCUUACUUUAAUUCUAGUAUAAGCAACUGUAAUGUUUCCACGUACAAUGAGUUUGAUUACAACGACAAGACAAUUCAGGCAGAAGAUUUCAAAGAUAGUGAGAAAACGAUCCAAGACGAAUCUCGAUUGGACGAUGAAAGCGUGAACUCUUUGAACAGUUUGACAAGAUUGCAAGAAGGUCUCGUCAACAUUGAUUCCGCGUACGAAAAAAUAUGUCGAGCAAGACAUAAUGAAGAAAAGUUCGUCGAUUCAGGGAUUUCCUUGACUAGUGGACUAAAUGUAGAGGAUAAUAAUACGAUUAUGCAAAAGGUUGACGUCUGUGUUGAUUCGCAGGACAUUCCUGAAAGACGCAAUGUUGCUUGUAAAACUGAUGAAAAAGAUAGAAAAAAUAAAGAGAUAAAGUUUGUGCAGAAUUUUACGCAUAUAAAUAUCGAUGAUUCUUUUCAAAAAGAACUGAAUGUAAAAAACAUGCCAGUUUCAACAAUGGAUUCUAGUUUUAUAAGUCAUAACUGUAAAGAUGAUCUCUCGAAAUAUACGGAAGAGGAUGAGCCCACAUUAAGCACCGAAGAGGAGGACAAUAUCGAAAAAACGAUUACAGAAAUAAGAAAAAUGGAUAAGGUAAUCAAGAAUCUUUUCUGCACCAGUGACGACGAACAUUACGAUUCGACGGAGGAAAGAAUGAUAGAAGACUUAUCCGCAAAAAUAGAGAACGAUCAUGAUGACGUAAUGAGAAAAAUUAUCGAAAGCUGCUCCGAUGUUUCCGCAGAUUUUCAGCAACGUUCACUAAACCGCGAAAUCUUGAGUACAGAUCCCAUACGAUUAAACAGCGAAUAUGUAAUUAAGAAAUUUCGAGAAGACGAAUUUUUCCCACAUCGCCGCGUCGUUUCUGAGACUGCCAUAGCUAAAGAAGAUAUAAUGAAAACUAUCGAGGAAGCGGAGAAAAUACUGACUGACACUCCAUAUUGGGAGACGUCCGAGCCAAGCGCUAAUCAGACAAUUGAGAAUUAUGACAAUUUGUCAGAAAAAUCUAUGGAAGAAGUAAAAGAUGAUAAAGAGCAUAAAAGUGCAAAUAGAAAUGAAGAAGAAAUUGAUUUUACUGAAAAUAAAAUAAAUUCAACAUGUACGGUAACUGAAAAGAUCGCAAUCUCGGAUGUUGUUGAAAGCAAUUUACAGAAAUUAGCUGAAAUUACAGAUUCAGAUCGUCCUAGAUCGCGCGUCGAAAUUCAGGAAACUUUAAGGAAGAUAGACGAAGAAAAGAAAAAAAUAGAAAACCGAAAGAAAGAAUCGUUAGAGAUGCUAUCAAAAAAAUUCAAGGAAAUCGACAGGAUCGUUACCGAUCAUGAUUAUACUUUUCAUACAUCCGAUAAUAAUUUUUGUAAGCUGAAAACUUCAAAGGAUGUCGCCGUUAAUUCUGACGGUCCCGAUGAGUUUCCAGAUAAGAUUAAUCCGGCAAGUUUCGUAGUUCCUCUAACGAAAUCCGAAAUAACCGAAAACUUGAAAAUCGAGGAGUUAGAAAGAGAGCUCGCAAGUGAGAUAGAGGAGCACAAGAAACUUAUGAAUGAAUAUCAGACAAUUAUAGCUACGGAUUUAGAGAAAAUUCAGUCGAUUUUGGAGUCAGAGUCGACGCAUGCUUACAACGACGCGGACAUCGAGGGAACAAAAAAUAAAUCUACUGACGACGAAAAGAUAAACGAAGAAUUUUCAAAUGAAACGUUUGAAGUGACGAAUGACACGGCGGUGACUGAAAUCGAUUCGGAAUCCGACGGUUCUUUCGUGGAGGAGUUGAAGGAACCGAAAAAAACGUAUAUUAAAGGAAAGGUUUACAAUUUCGACGAAAAAAAGCAUGGUGUUAGGAUGACGGAAGAACUGAUCAGGAAGCAUUGCAAGGACCACAAACUCUAUCAGACACCGUAUUUGAACGACGUUCUGUACUUACAUUAUAAAGGAUUUUCCUUCAUCGAGAAUCUUGAGAAGUAUACAGGGCUGAAGUGUCUAUGGCUAGAGAGCAACGGUAUAUGCGAGAUUGCUAAUUUGGAAAAUCAGAGCGAACUCAAGUGCCUGUAUCUGCACCAGAAUCUCAUCAGUAGGAUCGAGAAUCUCGAGUGCCUAACGAAGCUCGACACCCUGAACCUUUCGCACAACACGAUACGGAGGAUCGAGAAUCUCGACAGCCUCAAGUUCCUGAACAACCUGAACCUGUCGCACAACUAUCUACGAGAAACCGCUGACAUCGAGCAUCUCCGUCUGCUGCACGCGCUCUCGAUCUUGGAUAUCUCUCACAACAGGAUCGACACCUGCGAUGUCGUUGACGUAAGUUGAUAAUUACGCUCGCGAGACACACACAAUCGGAAUAUAUUUCCGAAAUGACAGGUGAUGUUACGACAAAAACGUAACUGGAACGAAUAUAAUUUAUUAAAUAAUCUUUGAUUGCAAACAGAUAUUAUUUUAACCUUGUCGUGCCUGACUUUUUUUUAAGGAAUAAUUAGCAUCUAAUUCACGUUUCAAUACUCGUACUAAAAUUUUUCAAAGAUAUCUGAAAAAUGCUUUAACUAAAAAGUGAAACAUUUCAUAAAAAUUGCAAAAUGCAAUAAUAAAAUGUUCAUGACUCUCGCAAUAUUUUCGAAAUAUUGUCAAUAAGUAAAAAGUGACAAUUCUAAGAAAGUAUUUUAAAAUUUAUUAUUUUUUCUUA